AUGGCCUUGCGUGAUGCAGGCUGGACAUUGGGAGGCAGCGUCAUCGAGCGAGCGCUCUGGGGAAACUGGGUCCUGGUCACCCUGGCAUGGUACGCUUGUGCAGUGUUCACUGCCGCAGCCAUGAAGCACUCGGACCAUCGGGACAUGCUGUCCGUCUUCGCCAACCUUGUCAUCGGUUGGCCGCUUGUAACGCCCUUUGCGCUGUGCUGCGGAGAGUCUCCAGGUCGGCGCCUAGGCGAGCACUGGCGACGGGUCCUGGUCAUCGCCAUCCUUGCCGGGUUGGAAAAGAACUUGACGAACUCGUCGCUCUCGCACAUCGGCGGUGCUCUGAAGACUGCGCUGCAUGGCUUAAAUGUGGUGUUCACCCUCGUGGCACCCGCCUAA